AUGUCCGAACUGACUAAAGAGCUGAUGGAGCUGGUGUGGGGCACCAAGAGCAGCCCCGGUCUCUCUGACACCAUCUUCUGCCGCUGGACACAAGGGUUUGUGUUUAGUGAAUCAGAGGGAUCUGCAUUAGAACAGUUUGAAGGUGGCCCCUGUGCUGUUAUUGCACCUGUUCAGGCCUUUCUUUUGAAGAAGCUCCUGUUUUCUUCUGAGAAGUCUUCUUGGAGGGAUUGCCCAGAGGAAGAGCGGAAGGAACUCCUUUGUCAUACCUUAUGUGAUAUUUUAGAAAGUGCCUGUUGUGACAACUCUGGAGCAUUCUGCCUGGUUUCCUGGUUAAGAGGAAAGACAACUGAGGAGCAGACUGCGGGCAUUUCUGGGAGUCCUGCAGAAUCUAGUUGCCAAGUGGAGCAUUCUGCUGCCUUGGCUGUCGAAGAGCUUGGCUUUGAGCGAUUUCAUGCAUUAAUUCAAAAAAGAUCAUUCAGAAGUUUACCUGAAUUAAAGGAUGCUGUCCUGGACCAGUAUUCAAUGUGGGGAAACAAAUUUGGAGUAUUGCUUUUUUUGUAUUCUGUGUUACUGACCAAGGGCAUUGAAAACAUAAAAAAUGAAAUUGAAGAUUCAAAUGAACCUUUGAUAGAUCCUGUAUAUGGACAUGGCAGCCAAAGUUUAAUUAACCUCCUACUGACUGGACAUGCUGUUUCUAAUGUAUGGGAUGGUGAUAGAGAAUGCUCAGGAAUGAAACUUCUUGGUAUACAUGAACAAGCAGCAGUAGGAUUCUUAACAUUAAUGGAAGCUUUAAGAUACUGUAAGGUUGGUUCUUACUUGAAAUCUCCAAAAUUCCCUAUUUGGAUUGUUGGCAGUGAAACUCACCUCACCGUAUUUUUUGCCAAGGACAUGGCUUUAGUUGCUCCUGAGGCACCUUCAGAACAAGCCAGGAGAGUUUUUCAAACCUAUGAUCCAGAAGAUAAUGGAUUCAUACCUGAAUCACUUCUAGAAGAUGUGAUGAAAGCAUUGGACCUCGUUUCAGAUCCUGAAUAUAUAAAUCUCAUGAAGAAUAAAUUAGAUCCAGAAGGAUUAGGAAUCAUAUUAUUGGGUCCAUUCCUCCAAGAAUUUUUUCCUGAUCAGGGUUCCAGUGGUCCAGAGUCGUUUACUGUCUAUCACUACAAUGGAUUGAAGCAGUCAAAUUAUAAUGAAAAGGUCAUGUAUGUUGAAGGGACUGCAGUGGUUAUGGGUUUUGAAGAUCCCAUGCUACAGACAGAUGACACUCCUAUUAAACGCUGUCUCCAAACCAAAUGGCCAUACAUUGAGUUACUGUGGACCACAGAUCGCUCUCCUUCACUGAACUAA